AUCCUCUUGUUUCCAUCAGCUGAUUGAAGCUAACAGGAUCCCGUAGUGACCUGAACACCGGGACAUGAUUCGGUCCCGGUCCAGAUGCUAACCGGUUAGCCUGUCAGCUAACAGGCUGCUAUAAAGCAGCGGAGCUCAGCCGGAGGCUAACGGGCUAACAAGCUAACUGACCGGAGAGAACCGAACCGAGCCGCUGCGGGAUGCGACAUGGCGUCGGUUCGGGUGGCUGUGCGGGUCAGACCCAUGAACAGACGAUCCCAGAUAACGUUGUUGGAGAUUCGAUGAGAGAAAGAAUCAAAUCCUUCACCUAUGAUUUCUCCUACGACUCCUCUGACUCUGUGAGCUCCGGCUUCGUCUCUCAGGAGAAGGGAGAGGCGGGUCUGAUCCCCAGGAUCUGUGAGGGUCUGUUCAGUCGGGUCUCUGAGGCCACUCGAUGGGACGAAGCUUCCUUCAGGACUGAAGUCAGCUACCUGGAGAUCUACAACGAGAGGGUGAGAGACCUGCUGAGGAGGAAGUCCUCCCACACCAACAACCUGAGGGUCCGGGAGCACCCUAAAGAUGGACCCUAUGUCGAAGGCGAAGUUUGACGCAGAGAUGCCGUGUGAGACGGUCAGUAAGAUCCACCUGGUGGACCUGGCAGGCAGCGAGCGGGCCGACGCCACCGGAGCCAGCGGCGUGCGUCUGAAGGAGGGAGGGAACAUCAACAAGUCUUUGGUCACUCUGGGGAACGUCAUCUCUGCUCUGGCGGACAUGACGCAGGACAGUGUGAACACCAACCUGAAGAAGAAGACUGUGUUCGUCCCGUACAGGGACUCGAUCCUGACGUGGCUCCUGAAGGACAGCCUGGGRGGAAACGCUAAGACCAUCAUGAUUGCCACCGUCUCCCCUGCCGAUGUGAACUACGGCGAGACGCUGAGCACGCUGCGCUACGCCAACCGAGCCAAGAACAUCAUCAACAAGCCCACCGUCAACGAGGACGCCAACGUGCGCCUGAUCAGAGAACUGCGCGCUGAGAUCGCCCGGCUCAAGGCCCUGCUGGUCCAGGGGAACCAGAUCGCUCUGCUGGACUCUCCCACCGCUCUCAGCAUGGAGGAGAAGCUGCAUCAGAACGAAGCCCGGGUUCUGGAGCUGACCAAGGAAUGGACCAACAAAUGGAACGAGACUCAGAACAUCCUGAAGGAGGAGACUCUGGCUCUGAGGAAGGAAGGCAUUGGCGUGGUCCUGGACUCUGAGCUGCCGCACCUCAUCGGCAUCGACGACGACCUCCUCAGCACCGGCAUCAUCCUGUACCACCUGAAGGAGGGACGGACGUUUGUGGGACGAGAGGACGCGUCCUCAGAGCAGGACAUCAUUCUUCAYGGUCUGGAUCUGGAGAGUGAGCACUGUGUCUUUGAGAACCAGGGUGGGACGGUGACUCUGGUGCCGCUCGGCACCGCUCAGUGUUCAGUUAACGGCCUUCAGGUGACGGCGCCAUCACAGCUCAACCAAGGUGCUGUUAUUCUGCUCGGUCGGACCAACAUGUUUCGCUUCAACCACCCCAAGGAGGCGGCCAGGCUGAGGGAGAAACGCAAGAGUGGCCUGCUGUCCACCUUCAGCCUGUCCAUGACGGACCUGUCCAAGUCCUGUGAGAACCUGUCCACAGUGAUGCUCUACAACCCGGGUCUCUUCAGUGAGAAGGGCCCCGUCUUCCUCAGGUUGGAGUUUGAGAGGCAGCAGAGAGAAGAGCUGGAGAAACUAGAGAUGAAAAGGAGGCUCAUCAAAGAGAUGGAGGCGAAGCAGCAGAGCGAGAAGGUGGAGCUAGAGCGCCUGCAGCAGGAGGUGGAGAGUCAGCGCAAGGAGUCUGAGGAGGUGCAGCAGCGAAUCCUGCGUCAGGAGGAGAGCCUCCUCCACCGCAGCCAGGACAUCGACAGCCGGCUCAGGGACUUCCUGGCUGAGAAGGAGCGCUUUGAGGAGGAGAGGCGCUCCGAGGGGGAGGGGGCGAAGCUCCAGCACAGGAGGCGCUGCAAGCAGGAGGAGGAGGACGAGGUGCGGCGGCAGCAGCAGGAGGCUGCGGAGCAGACUGAGAUCUACAGGGAGCUGGAGAAACUGAAGAAGGAGCGCACGGAGCAGAGGGUCCGCUUGGAGGCGGAGCGGCGCCGRCUGGAGGAGCAGGAGCGGGAGCAGCUAACUCUGGUGGGGAGGCUGGAGGAGCAGCUGAGGGAGAAACACCAGGCGGCCACUGCCCUGCUGACCCGGGAGGAGGCCCGCCGCCUGGAGGAGGAGCGCCRAGCUCUGACUGACAUCAGGGAGGAGCUCCUUAGUGCCAAGGAGGCGGCGGAGCGCCCGCAUGUGGAGGACACCAGCAGGGAGGUCGAGUCCGCCCAGAAGCACUACGUGAACUUUAAGGAGGCUCAGGUGAAGGAGCUGGGCCACCUGCAGGAGGAGCUCCGACAGCACAAGGAGUGCCUGGAGGAGGAGGUGGCUGCUGAGAGGAGCUCGCUGCUGCUCCUCGCUCACAGCCUGAAGGAGGUGCAGGACUCCUUGGCCUUCAGCCAGGAGGAGCAGAUGGUGAAGCAGGCAGAGCGCCGGCUGCACUUCAAGGAGCGCCAGCUCUCCAACAUGGCCGACAGCCUUCUCCCCGCUCUGAGGGAGGAGAAGCAGAGAGCCCAGGAGGUGCUGGAGCACCACGCCCACAACCUGCAGAGCAAGGCUCCUCCUGGGCUGGACAACACGCUGUUCCUGGUGGAGAAGGAGCUGGAGGACAAGGAGGAGAAGCUGCACCUCCUCUGGCACAGCGCCCAGCAGCUGCAGCAGCUCCAGGACUCCUACGAGUUCACGGCCAACGUGGCCCGGCAGGAGGACAAGGUCCGCAGGAAGGAGAAGGAGAUCCUGGAGUCCAAGGAGAGGCAGCAGCGGGAGGCCAUGGAGCAGGCUGUGGCCCGGCUGGAGAGGAGGCACUCUGCUCUGAGGCGCAGCGUCUCCCUGGAGCCGGACUCCGAGGAUCACAAGAGUCCAGCAGGCAGAACCUCCAGAACCGGAGCUCAUYUGGACCAGCAGAGGGUCCAGCAGGAGAUCCAGAAGCUGAGACAGAGGAUCAGCAAGGAGGACGAGGACAACCGGACCACCUCAGCCAGUCCAGAUGAGAAGACUGGUCCCAGCAGCCCCCCGGUCAGCCACAUCCAGAGUCUGAACCCCCUGCUGUCAGAGGACCGGAUCAACGCCUACAUCGAGGAGGAGGUCCAGCGCCGGCUGAGGAAGAUGAACCUGCUGAACGACAGCAACAUCAACCUGUCCCUGUCCUGCGAGUCCCUCAGAGAAGAGGAAAAACUGCAGAACAUGGAUCCAAGAAGACAGAAGUACCAGACUUCCUGCUGGUUUAACCUCCCGCCCUCCCUGGACUCUGAGACCCGGUCCUUUCCUGAUGUCCAGGAGAACGUGUUAGAAGAACCGGAGCCAGGGCUCCUCAGACCACUGGAGUCCUCAGCUGGACUCAUGAUCCAGAAGGAUCUGGAGAAAACCAGWUGGUGGAAAGACGUCMAUCUUCUCCUGGAACAAGAUGAAGUUUGUGGUUUGAACAGAGUUAACAAGAACAAAAGCAGAAGUGACUCCUGCUGGAUUUCUGACRAAGACGAAUCACAGCUGAAGAAGUUCUUCAAUGAAACAUGUGACCCAGAGCUGUCCAAGUCCCCGAGGGGGGAUGGCCUCAUCUGUGAGAGUCCAGAGGAAACAAGCAACCAGCUCAAUAUGUCAGGCACCAAGAACUUUGAGGUGAUCCUCAAUAAAAUACAGAAUCUGGAGAAAGAAGAGGGCAUGGCAUCUGUGAACAAGGGUGGAGUCUCCAAUGAAGAGGGCGUGGCAUCUGUAAACAAGGGCAUAGUCUCCAAUGAAGAGGGCAUGGCAUCUGUGAACAAGGGAGGAGUCUCCAAUGAAGAGGGCGUGGCAUCUGUGAACAAGGGUGGAGUCUCCAAUGAAGAGGGCGUGGCAUCUGUGAACAAUGGUGGAGUCUGCAGUGAAGAGGGCGGAGCCUCUGGAAUGUUGAAAUUGCAGAGCUUUAACAAUAAUGAAGAGUUGAUUCAAUCUGACUUGGAAGAAAAAAAAAUGAUGGAAAAUGAGAAGUUUGCAUUAAAGAAAAACCAAACAACCCUGGAGGAAGAAGAGUCUGGACCAUCUSAGGACCAGUCUGGACCGUUCGAAGACCAGACCAGGAAGUCCCUGAUGGGUGGAAAAGAUGGCAGUAAAGAGUUGAGGAUGACUGAAGCUCAGGUUGAAGACCAGCUUGAGGCCAAGGAAGCCAUGUCCAACAGGAGCUCUGUGUGGGGGUAUGUUGAAAAAGUCAAGAACCAAACACUCUACCCGUGGAGACCAGAGGUCCGAUCUGAGCAUUCCAGGUCACAAAGUUCUGUCUCUCAUCUUGGYUCUGAUCAGGACUCGGGGACUGUUAAAGGUCAUAUAAAAGAGAAGAAGACAGAGAAGGUUUCAGCUGACAGAACAUUUAUUUGGGACUAUGUCAGAAACAUCAAGAACCAUACGCUCUACCCGUGGAGAUCAGUGAACUUUGAAGGUUCCAGGGWCCAGUCCCCAAAGUCUCAGAUUUCUGCUGGUGUAGACCCCAGGAUACAGCAGGACUUCAAGUCCAUCACAGACCAGAUGAGACGAGACAAAGAUGAAGCAGCAGGAAGAGUUUCAGCCAGCAGGAGCUACGUUUGGGAGUAUUUUGAGAAAGUGAAGAACCAGAGUCUGAAUCCAUGGAGGGUCCAGGAUCUUGAACUGUCCAGGGACCCUUCAGCCAAACUUCAAAGCUGCAUCAGUGAUGACCUGAAAGACAAAAACAAUGACUCAGCAGAAAACRAGUCCACCAGCAGGAGCUACGUUUGGGAAUGCAUCCAAAAGGUCAGGAACCAAAAGAUCUACCCAUGGAGACCAGAGGACUCUGAAYAUCCCAGAGGUCAAUCAAUGGACCCACCAGUGUCCCAGAGUUCUGGUAAAUCCACCGAGCAGGACCUGAAGGAGGCCGGACUUCUGGAUUAUUUUGCCGGGAAGCUUUCUGAGGCGUACAAAGACAAACGAGCCAUCCUUCAAAGUGUCGGAGUGGACGAGAUGAAGUUUGUUGUGUCUCAGUACGUCUCCAUGGUGUUCAAAGAUCUGAUCCAUGCAGGACCAGAACCUCUCAGCAGCACAUGGCACAAAGUGCCUUUGGUGGAUUUGUCAGAGAACAGCUCCGUCGCUCCUCCUCAGGGUUCUAGUGUUUCCGUUGUUUCAGGAUUCUCAGAGUGGCCUGAGGGGUCCGUGUCUUCAGUCAGGACCACAAGUCCAGAAGAGUUCCAUCAGAGGCUGGUCCAGCUGCCACCACCUCUGUCUCAGCUGCAGAGUCUUUCAUGUCAGCAGAUUCUGGAACAAACGGACUCUCUGUUGCCUCAGAGAGCAGCUGGAAAGGUUCUGAGUGUGUUCUGGAUGAAAGCAGCCAGCUGGAAGCAGCCCCAUCCAAAACCAGCCUGUCUUCUUUUGUCUGWGAAGGAUCUGGUGGUGGUCUCAGCUGGACCAGAACCUGGUGACACCCUGACUCUGUUCCAUCACUUUGACCUUGUGGAGAUCAAAGAGGUCCAGGUCAGUUUGGCGGGGCAGCACGUCCGACUCCUCGGCUGCAGAGAAGAUUCAGUUUUAGCUGUCUUCACUCACAGCAAAGCUCUGACCCAGGAGUUCUGUAAGGUCCUCCUGAAGACCCGCUGUCCUCAGGAGGUCUCUGAGCUGACCGAGGCCCACCCCUUACUCUCACAGGACCUCAUGGACCUGUCUCUGGAUUGGACGUCCAACGUUCCUGACGUAGUGGUGGACAACGGUCUUCACAUCACUAACAGGUUCAAGCGGGUCCUUGCAGACCUGCUCUACAUGGUCCACGGGAACAUGGACGRUCCAGACAAGCCGUCCCUGGCUAACGUUUGUCCUCUGCUCUACACCAGCGUCAAAGUCAAGACCUCCACCCAGGACCACCAGGACACCAUUUUUCAGUUCCUCCUGACGGACACUCAUGUGGUUCUCCUCCAGGAGGACGGGGUCUUCCAUCCGGUGCCACGCGGGUCCAGUCUGGUCCCGGCCCAGCCUCAGUUUCACAGCCUCAGACUGCGGCGGCGUGCUGACAUCAGGUGUGUGCUGGUGAGGAAGGAGGAGCGGUGUCUGAGCACAGAGCUCAUCUUCACUACGUCAGGUCUGAAGAGGAGCCGGGGUCCUGCUGAAGGUCCYGCUGACUCCUGGAAACUGGGUUUCAGCUGCUCCUCAGAGGCCCAGGUCCUGAUCCAGCACCUGUGUGUCUGAACCCAGCAGCCUGUCCUGGAGCUGUUUUAAUGUGUAGGAUGUAAAUUCACUGUAAACAUUUUAAAAGAUUUUAACCUUUUUAAAAACGUCACUAAAGAAUAAUAAAACUGUAAUAAAUGUCUUUAAUUUUUCUCUUAUUGAUUUGUUUACUGAUGUCACUUUGUUUACAUGCUGGAAAAUGUUUUCAAAAUAAAACUCWAUGUUUUACGUUAAA